CUCUCGUGUCUUCACUUUAUGUAUCUCUCGUGUCUUCACUUUAUGUAUCUCUCGUGUCUUCACUUUAUGUAGCUCUUGUGUCUUCACUUUAUGUAGCUCUCGUGUCUUCACUUUAUGUAUCUCUCUUGUCUUCACUUUAUGUAUCUCUCGUGUCUUCACUUUAUGUAGCUCUAAUUUCUUCACUUUAUGUAGCUCUUAUGUCUUCAGUUUAUGUAGCUCUCAUGUCUUUACUUUAUGUAGCUCUCGUGUAUUCACUUUAUGUAGCUCUCAUGUCUUCACUUUAUGUAGCUUUCAUGUCUUCACUUUAUGUAUCUCUCGUGUCUGCACUUUAUGUAGCUCUAGUGUCUUCACUUUAU